UCUCCCCACCGAGGCGCGCGCGAUGCCCACGCUGCUCUUCUUUCACUCAGGGCGGGGCCAAGGUCGAGCACCCUGCAAACGGCUAAAACUGCUGCGCCGGCAGCAAGGGCAGCAGCGGCGGUGCAGUGCGAACGUGCAGGAGGCGCGCGCAGGCGCCUGGAAAGGGCAGGCGCCCAGAAGCCAAAGGCUUGCUGGGCGGUGCGAGGCGGAGAUGAGGCAGGAGGAGAAGGCGAGCGAAACAGGAGCGGCGAAGAGGAGGAGAAGGAGGAGGAGGAGGAGGCGAAGAGGCCCCAGGGGCCAAGCCGCCGCGCGAGCCGCUGGAGGGGCGGAGCUGGCGGGAAAGCGGCGGUGCCUGGCCCUAUUGGGCACUCGGCCAAGACGCUCGGAGCGUCUUGGCCGCAGGAGGAGUAUGGGGGAGGAUGGAGCAGAGGAGGGGAAGGAGGAACCAGAAGGAGGGACAGCGGGGUGGAGAGUCUGCGGCCAUCUGCUGCAAGUUCUGCCGUGCCGGGUGAGAAUCAGGGCGGCGGAGCCUCGUCUGCCUCGUGGCAGAGGUCCCAGCCAGCGCGCGCGCCGGAAAGGACGGGAGGAGAAGGAGGAGCAAGGGGGGGGAGGAAAGAGGAGGAGGAGGAAGAGCAACAAGAAGCACGCAUGAGGGGGCCAACGCGCACUUUGGUUUCGCCUCGUUAUGGCCGGCCUCAUUGUGCCUGGGAGUGCGGGCUCGAGCCGCAGCUGCAGCGGAGCAUGCUCUAACGAGGCACUGCGCGCCUCUGGCGCCCGCGGCCAGCACCGAGAGCGCUCGCGCUCACGCUCGGGGCCUCACCGCGGAGAGAGACGCACGGUGCUGGCAGCGAGCUUUCUCGACCAUUCUCCACGGUCUGGGCCUGGCUCCUGGAUCGGAUACAUGCCGCAACAUAGCCAAAGAGGACGGCGAGGGGAAGGUGGGGAGGAGGGGGGGGGAGGAGGCGAAGCCCAGGAGGGGGACAGGAGGACGCAGGUUGCUGUUGGCUGGCUCGCCCACCAAACAAAAAGGGAGCGGCUGCCAGCGGCCAGGCAUUCCCCCACUCC